UAUAAGAGUUUUAUGCUCUUAGGACACUUUCUGAACCUUGUUCCCCAGGCCUCCUCUGGGAGGAAACGCCAUCUGAGCCAGGAGGGGUGAAUACAUUCUGGAACUUGUGCAGUCCCAAUGGGUGGUCAGCUGGGAAGGGGCUGGCCCGCAGCAGCGGCAGCAGCUGUGGUUUGGGGAUCUCAAGGGCUGGGCAGUGACAAGAGAGGAAACCGAGGGUCCUAGAGGCAGAACUUGUGUUCUUUCUCCUCUGCUCUCCAAGAUGAGGGUCGCGACCUCAGUUUCCCCGCUGUUCAGUGAGUGAGAAGAGAUUUGUGGUGCAGUUACAAUGAGGUGGAGUUUUAAUGAAUGCUGUGUGGAAGGCACCUGCGUCCGGCUGGGAGAAGGGCUCAGUUACAGGCCGUUGGGAGAAGACCUCAGUUACAGGCCGUUGGUUUUCAGACUGUCCAGUUUUAUUGACCCUGGCCCUGGGACCGUCCUCGGCUCUCUCCUGAGCAUAGCUGCUCUGGGGUUUCCCGAGUCUGUGGGCAGGGAACUCUGAAGGACCCUGGGCAGGGUCAGAUGACAAACCCCUUCCUGGCCUGGGUUCCCUCAGUUGACACCUAACUUGUGAGGGCCACCAGAGCACAGGAUGGCUUGAUCAGGAGGGCAGGCAGUCAUGACAAGGGUGUUAUCUGUUUUGUUGAGGUCAUUUGCUGCUCCUCUUCCUUCCUGACUCUCUGGCACCAAAUGUCACCCAGUGCCUGGUCCUCAUCGUUCAAAAUGUUCUUAGAGAAGUGACGGUCCUUUCCUUUGAGUAGCUGGGCUGUGCCAUCAGCUUGUGUGCCUCAGGCUGUCUAGGCUAGUUGGGCCACCAUCUGGUUUCUCCCACUUCUGCGAUAGAGCUGAAGGUGCUUGGGAGCCCCUUCCGGCUGCCUGGGCCUGUAUCACACCCUUUCCAGAGCAGGUCUCUGGGGGUCCAGCCCACAUUGUGAGGCUAGUCAGCUGCUGAAUGUCCCAUUGCUGUGACUCUUUGGGUGGGCACUUCUGUGAGGCAAUGAAAAAGUCAUCAAGAGCGGGAAGGGUUUUAACUGCUGGCACGAGGAGAUGGGACAGAUAGUACUGUUAAAACUAAAACGAGAGGUCUUUCCUUUCAAGUCCUCAUUUCUCCCUGGAGCAGCACUUGUGUGGAGACUAAUCCAGACUCUGCUAGCUUCAGGGGUGAGGCCCUGGGCAAGUUACCUGACAUCUCUUGGGACCUGCCCAGUGUCAGCCAAGUCUUGUGCCUCUCUAGGUGGUUGUGCACUAUGUAGGAGCCCAACAAGGAGAAGACAUUUGAAGCAGGGAUGUUCCUAGAGUCCCAUGUUGGAGUUGGAGUGGCUGGCAUGUGACCUGAAACUGGAGUGCCAGACUGCCUUGCCCUGUUGCCAAGCCCGGCCGCCCCGCCUCGCUCUCCACCAUGAACGAGCCCACCGUGCAGCCGUCCCGCACAUCCUCCGCACCCGCCUCGCCGGCAUCCCCACGCGGCUGGAGCGACUUCUGCGAGCAGCACGCAGCAGCGGCGGCCCGGGAGCUGGCCCGCCAGUACUGGUUGUUUGCGCGCGCGCACCCACAGCCGCCGCGCGCGGACCUGGUGUCGCUGCAGUUCGCGGAGCUCUUCCAGCGCCACUUCUGCCGGGAGGUGCGCGAGAGCCUCGCAGGACCGCCGGGUCACGACUACCGCGCCACUGCUCCGCCCCGCCCCGCGCUGCCCAAGGCACGCAGCUCCGAGGACCUGGGCCCGCGGCCCGCCUGUGCCCUGCAGCACCUGCGCCGCGGCCUGCGCCAGCUCUUCCGCCGCCGCUCGGCAGGGGAGCUGCCCGGGGCUACCAGUGACACCAAUGACAUCGACACCACCGCAGCCAGCAGGCCGGGCCCGGCCCGCAAGUUGCUACCCUGGGGCCUGCGAGAGCCGCCCACUGAGGCGCUCAAGGAGGUCGUAUUGCGCUAUAGCCUGGCGGACGAGGCAGCAAUGGACAGCGGCGCACGCUGGCAGCGGGGUCGCCUGGUGCUUCGGUCUCCAGGUCCGGGCCACAGCCACUUUCUGCAGCUCUUCGAUCCGCCCAAGAGCUCAAAGCCCAAGCUCCAAGAGGCCUGUUCCAGCAUCCGGGAGGUCCGACCAUGUACACGCCUGGAGAUGCCUGACAACCUCUACACCUUUGUGUUGAAGGUGCAGGACCAGACAGACAUCAUCUUUGAGGUGGGAGAUGAACAGCAGCUGAACUCAUGGCUGGCAGAGCUCAGGGCAAGCACAGGCCUUGGGCUGGAGCACCCGGACACCGAGUUACCUCUUUCCUUAGCGGCAGAGCCUGGCCCAGCUAGAUCCCCAAGGGGAAGCACUGACUCCCUGGACCAAGGUGCUUCACCUGGGGUGUUGCUGGACCCAGCCUGCCAGAAAACAGAUCACUUCCUAUCCUGCUACCCCUGGUUCCACGGCCCCAUCUCCAGGGUGAGGGCUGCACAGCUGGUCCAGCUCCAGGGCCCUGAUGCCCACGGCGUGUUCCUGGUGCGGCAGAGUGAGUCCCGGAGAGGAGAGUAUGUACUCACAUUCAACUUACAGGGCAGAGCCAAGCACUUACGCCUGGUGCUCACAGAGCGUGGACAGUGCCGGGUGCAACACCUGCACUUCCCCUCGGUGGUAGAUAUGCUCCGCCACUUCCAGCGUUCUCCUAUCCCACUGGAAUGUGGAGCAGCUUGUGACGUCCGACUCUCUGGCUAUGUGGUAGUCCUCUCUCAGGCACCAGGUUCCUCCAACACCGUCCUCUUCCCUUUUUCCCUUCCUCACUGGGAUUCGGAGCUGGGUCAUCCCCACCUCAGCUCUGUUGGCUGUCCCCCCAGCCAUGGUGCAGAGGCUCUCCCUGGCCAAGUGACACCACCUGAGCAGAUCUUCCACCUGGUGCCUUCUCCUGAGGAACUGGCCAACAGUCUGCGGCAGCUGGAGCUCGAGUCUGUGAGCAGUGCCCGGGACUCGGACUAUGACAUGGACUCCUCUUCACGGGGCCACCUUCGGGCCAUUGACAACCAGUACACCCCUCUCUCACAGCUGUGCAGAGAGGCAGACGUGUGAAUGGAACCAUUUUCCUCCCCUCCAGAGAACUAUAGGCUGCUGUCAGCCUUCCCCAGCUCAGAUGUGCCCCGCUUCCAACACACACAAGGCUGUCACAGGCUUCCUGUCAGCCAGAGCUAGCCCCCGGCUUUCUCCCACUGUUUACAGAUGUAGUUCUUGUGCACAGGUGCCACUAGCUGGUACCCUAGGCCUAGUCCCCAACCCAAAAGGAGGUGGGGCUACAGGCCCAGAGCUGGCAGUGGAAACUGACAGAGCUGAUGACAGACUUCUUACCAGGCAGGGUCAUCGGGAAGCACAAAACACUAACAGUCCCUGGAUUCUCACAUGGUGUCCUUCCCUGUAGCUUCAGAUCUGUGGCAAGUCCUCAUGGGUUCCAUGCCACAGGCGAUGGAUGCUUCAUGAUCCUGCUCCUACUCUUAGCUUUACGACAGAAGCUCUGCCAGAGGGACAAGCUUAAAGAUCAAAAUUGAUUUAAACAUUUUACCUCAGAGUACUUUUUUUUGUUUUGUUUUAAAGGAUUCAGGUUUCCAUUUAAUAUUAAAGCUUAUUCACUGCACUGCCCUACUAGGACCCCCCUGUCACUCUGAAGUCGGGGGCAGCGAAGCACCCCUGGUUCGCUUACCCUGAGCCAAGCUAGCAUGCUAGUGUCCUUGUCUGCUCCCUCAGGACAGUUGCCUGCUGUGGGGUAGCCACUGUCCUCCCUAAUGUAGAGAAUGAAGUGUGUCACCCUUUCAGGGAAAACCAGGCAGCUUGCAGAGAGGAGGGUGGCAAGGGACAUUCCACUCCAGUGCCUUAUGCAUUAACAAAAAGGACUCUGGGUUACAGCAGCUUUACAGAGGCUGGGAGGUACAGGUGGGCGAAGGGCUUGAGGUCAUCUUUAUACCCUCUACCCCUGAGGUUGGCUCCUCUGUGAGCCAAAAAAGGAGCUGGCACUGUGUUGUGUAGAAGCUCUGUCCCAGGUGGCAGCAGGGUCCCCAUCCAUACAAUCUCUCCAUCCAGACAGUGCCAAUACUGUGAUUGUUCCUAAGGGACAGGAUCACAGGGAGUGGGUAGUGCUUGCAGCAGCAGUGGCUUUAGAGAACCACAACUUAACUCCUAGACAUGUUCCAGGGCAAACAUUCCGCUGCCCUGCUGAAGCCAGCAGUACUGACCUCCUCCUCUGGUUACUCUGUACUCUGCAGGGGUGUGGGCUUUGGGGAGGGAAGCAGCUGCACCUCCUCUUGAACACUCCCCAUUGUGUUCACGGACCGAGGUGGGUCCAACACAGGUGCAGAUUCGUGUUCCAUCUUUAAGGUAACUUGCUUUCCUUCACUGCAUAGAAGGUAUGAACCAAAGAUAUAAGCAAUAUCCAACCAGUGGUCCAGAUUCGCCUCUAAUCUACAUAGGAUGGGUGCACAGCUGUAUCCCUUCACCUGGCAGAAGCUAAACUAACUUCAAACUUGGGGCACUUGUUUCCCCUGGGCCUUCAGAAGAGAGACUUGCCCGACGCUGUAAACCAGCACCUCCACCCCCACUGUGGACAGCUUCCUUUCAAGAAGUGUCUAAGAUAACAGAAAACAUAAGGCAAAAAGGUAUUCUCGUGACUGUGGGACAGAGUGACAACACUAAGCCAACACCUUUCCUUUCUGCUAGAGUAGGUCCAGUUGGCUGAAGGGGACGGGCAGGUUUGCGAAGCUCCAGGCCAGAUGCCCUCCCAGUGUGUUGGCACCAGGCACCGUUCCCACCCCAGCAGUCUUUACUGGCCACCACUGGCUCGACAGUCCCCGUACCCUUGCUUCCUUCUCCUGAGUACUCAACUACAAACUAAAAGUCACCAGCACCAAAGAGUUGGGUCAACUAACCUGCCUUGACUUUACCAGCAAUCCAUAUGGCUUUAUCUGUAUAAAUCUUCUGCCUCUGAUCAUUUCUGGAUGGUGUAGGAGAAAGGAAUAGGGAUCAUUACAAUCUCGGGCCACACAACACUAUCUUUACCUAAGUUUCUUAAAGUAAGGCUUCACCCCUUCCCUGAGGGCUCAGUCUCUUGUUUAAUAUUACCUUGGUGCAAACACCAAGUGAUAAACUGUCACCCACUGCCUCCUAGUGAAGACACAUCUAAUGGCCAGUGUGUGGCCGGAAUAAGCAGCAUUGUCACCACAGAAACAGGGAAUCUCAUCUUCUAUCAUUACAGCAGAAGGUAUUUGGCAAAUCUUCGUUUUAUGUACUGUAUGAGUAACUUAUUCUUGAAUAAUGCAAAUUUUGCUACAAUGUACAAAUUGCUGUAUGUCAAUUAAAAAGGUUUCCAGUAUUACAA